UCCCUUAUCUCUUUUUCAUGAGGUCUUAUUAUAAUAACCAGCCUUGUCGGUAUUGGGGUUGAAGAAAUGAAAACAAUGGUCCUCCUCUUUGGUCUAAAACAACUCCACAAACCCACCCCCCAUCUACUUUUCUACAGUCUCAUAUGAUACCUUCCAUUCAUAUGGUUUUUUGAGUAUUAUUUUUUGAUGAUAUGGGGCCGAAGACCGAAAAAUGAAUUACAAUUGCAUCUAGGACAGACUGUUCCCAGGCUGUGCCCGUUGAUUUCACAUUCAUGCCGCGUUGAGCAAAAGGCCUGCAGGUGUGUGUAUAUAUAUACACCAUUCCCAACUAUUUCAGCUCAUGCAAUUAUCCAACAAAAUGGAUUCCAAUAUCACCACUGAACUAGUAGCCUCUUCGCCUUCUCCUUCCACCAAUUCUUGGAAAUAUGAUGUCUUUCUUAGUUUUAGAGGUGCGGAUACGCGCUACGGCUUUACAGACCAUCUGCACAGCAGUUUGCUACGCAGGGGAAUUAACACCUUCAUGGAUGAUGAUCAACUCGAAAGAGGACAAGAUAUAUCAGAAGUGAUUAAUCCAGCAAUUAGAGAGUCGAGGAUUUUUAUCAUCAUAUUCUCUGAAAACUAUGCCUCAUCAAGUUGGUGCUUGGAAGAGCUUGCUAGGAUCAUUGAAUAUAAGAAUCCACAGCAGCAAAUUGUUAUCCCGGUUUAUUACAAAGUGGACCCCGCAGAUGUAAGAAACCAAAAGGGCCCGUUUGGUGAAGCAUUUGUUCAACAUGAAAACAGAUUCAAGGAUGAUUUGGAGAAGGUGUCGCGAUGGAGGGCGGCUCUUACGGAAGCAGCAAAUUUUCCUGGGAUGGAAGUUAACAAUUUUGGGCGUGAAUCCAAAUUUAUUCAUGAAAUCACUGAAAUGAUUUUACAAAAAUUAAACCGUGCCUAUUUGACAUAUGAGACGAACUAUCCAGUUGAAAUAGAUUCUCGCAUACGAGAAAUGAAUGAUCUUUUAGGUGAUGGAGUAACUGAUGUUCGCAUGGUAGGUAUAUGGGGGAUGGGAGGAAUUGGUAAGACAACACUUGCUAAAGCUGUUUAUAAUUCAGUUGCCCAUAAAUUUGAAGGUUCCUGCUUUUUGGGAAAUGUUAGAGAAAAUUCAGAGGCACCAGGAGGCUUAGUCCAACUACAAAAGACUCUUCUUCAUAACAUUCUCGGGCUGAAAAUAUCAAGAGUCACAGAUGUUUAUUCAGGAGUUAAUAUCAUUAAGAGUAGGUUGCGCCACAAAAGGGUUCUCCUAAUUAUUGAUGAUGUGGAUGACUUGAACCAGUUAAAAUACUUAGCUGGAAGCUCUGAUUGGUUUGGUGUGGGCAGUAGAAUUAUCAUAACAACAAGAAAUCUACAUUUGCUUCAUGCUCAUGGAGUUGACUUCACAUACAUAGUGAGGGAGCUAGAAUCUGAUGAAGCUUUGGAACUCUUCAGUUCUAAUGCCUUCCCAACAAAUAGACUUCCGGAUGAUUAUCAAGUACUCGCACGUAGAUUCGUAGGCUAUGCUCAAGGGAUUCCAUUAGCCCUCACAGCUAUGGGUUCACUUUUAUAUAAGAAAAGUAGAGAUGAAUGGCAGUCUAUAUUAGAAAGGUACGAAAGAGCUCCUGCCUCAAAUAUUCAUGAAAUCCUCAAAAUAACUAAAAAGGUACUGGACCAUCACAUCAAAAGACCCGAAGAAAAUGUCCUCACCAAUGUUGAAGAACAUGCUGGGGGACUAAAUGAAGCUGAAAGCAAUGAACUGAUGCUUGAACAAAAUGACACAAUCUCUGGUACUCCAGAAGUAGAAAGACUUCAAGGAAAAAUUUCUGAAACUUAUAACGAAGUUACAGGACUAAAUGAAGUUGAAAAUACUGCAAAGUUGCUUGGAGUUGAGACAUUCUCCAGUACUCAAGAAGAAGAAAGGAUUCAAGGACAUAUUAAUAGAACUGACGAUGUUACAGAGCCAAAUGAAGCUGAAAGCACAAGUACUCAAGUAGUAGAAACAGUUGAAGCAAAAAUUCUUGGAACUGAAGAUGUGACAGAACAAAAUGAAGAUGAAAACAAUGUAAACUUGGUUGAAGGAGAUAAGACAAUCUCCAGUAUUCAAGAAGAAGACUUGCUAGGAAAAACUCCUGGAACUGACGAUGCACUUUACAAUGCUGAAACCACAAAAAAGUUGGUCGACGGAGAUGAGACAAAUUCCAGCGCUCAAGAAGAAGAUAGGCUUCAAGGAAAAAUUCAAGGAACAGACGAUAUUACAGAGCCAAAUGAAGCUGAAAGCACAAGUACUCAAGUAGUAGAAACAGUUGAAGCAAAAAUUCUUGGAACUGAAGAUGUGACAGUGAGUUGCUUACAUAUUAAUAUGAGUGCUGCUAAGUUUCUUACAUAUCAACUUGUGUUUGACGGAUUGGACAAAUGUUUUAGUAUAAUAUUUUGA